UCGGAGAAUUUACCUUUUGUUCCGCAACCCACGCUCCUUCAUGUGUUUUUUUCCCCCAAAACCACUGCAACGUACAAAAAUCACAGACCUCCCCACUAGUAUACACUGUCAACACCUUCAUUCCUUGUACAUUUCGCUUCCGUCAGCAUCAGAGAGGGAGAGAUCAUACAAUGGCGUGAAAUAUUUUAACUUCAUAUUACUGUCUCUCACUUUCCCGCAAACUUUUUUACAUCACUUACUCGGGAAUUCUCUCAACCUAGAGUCUGGACGGUUUCCGAGAUCAAAUUUGGCUGCCAAGACAUGUAUAAGAACCAAUUGCAAGAGUUGGCUCAGAGAAGCUGCUUUAACCUGCCAUCUUAUUCAUGCAUCCGUGAAGGACCAGAUCAUGCUCCUCGAUUUAAAGCUACUGUCAACUUUAAUGGAGACACUUUUGAGAGCCCUACCUUCUGUUCUACUCUAAGGCAGGCAGAACAUGCUGCGGCUGAGGUUGCUCUAAACACACUUGCAAACAGAGGCCCUUCUAGAGCAUUGGCUGCAAGAGUUCUGGAUGAAACAGGAGUUUAUAAGAAUUUGCUUCAGGAGACUGCUCACCGAGCUGGGUUAAAACUUCCCGUUUAUACCACUGUUCGAUCCGGACCAGGCCAUGUUCCCACUUUCUCAUGUACAGUUGAGCUUGCAGGAAUGAGCUUUACAGGUGAACCAGCUAGAACCAAGAAACAAGCUCAGAAAAAUGCUGCCAUGGCUGCUUGGUCUGCCUUGAGAAAAUUGUCUCAAAGUCACUCAUCAUCUCCCACUUCUCCUUCACUGGAGUCUAAAGCCAAUGAAGAACAGGAACAAGUGACCAUUGCUCGUGUCCUUGCAAGUUUACAACCAUCGGAGUCGAAUAGACCUGCAGAAAAUUAUCAGAGGCAUGUUCACCAAAGAUCCACUCCCAUCUUAUGGGAAUCAACCCAGCAAACUCCAAGCUUAUACCAUAUGCAAUGCCAGAACUGGGCAUACUUCCCUGAAAUGGCCAUGUACCAAAUCUGGCAGCAAGAACAAUUGUUACAGCAGCAAAGCCGCCUGUUGGCACUUACAGUUCCAGCAGCUACUACAUCAGUUCCUCAGAUUUAUCCAUUGAUGCAAUCUUUUUUCCAGCCAGACCAGUGCCUGUAUUUUCCAGGAAGGGAACUGGAGUCAAUCCAGAUGAGACCCAGGAUUACAAUUGCUGCGCCAGGCCCAGCAUUCUGCUUCUCAAACCAUUUGGCUCCUAGUUCAAUCAGGAGCAGUUCUACAGUAACUAUUCAAGAGAUACAGGAGGAGAAACCAGAAGAAUCAUCCAAGUACUCUUCAUCUGGAGUUUCCAAACCCCCUAGUUUUAGCAACAAUAACAAUGCUGAACCACAAAUCCUGGAAAUAGUCCAGGAGGAUGACAAGCAGAACCUUAGUGGAAUAGACGGGAAAAUUAAAAGUCUUCAGUUAGAAGGGAACCAGAGAGGACAAUUUGAGCGGGCUUCUCAUAGGAGCGUAGAUUCCAUAUUUAAGCCAGUUGAGUUACAAUUACGGAACCCGUGUAUUGAUUCUUCUCGGCCAAAUCUCAGACCCCAAUAUCCUCCAAGAGCAAGUUCCCACAGAAAUUUCAGACCACCUUCAUCUGCAGCUGCUCCCACCAAGAUCCGAACUAUGCACCCCACUGCAUCAAUGGAGGUUAGACCUCAAAAUAUGGCAUCACUUGGAGCUGCUCCACCAAGAAUGAGAACUGCAGGUCCUUCAUGUUCAACCAGGCCAUCUGAAAGAUUUAACUUUGGAGAAAUAUCUCCUGCUUUCAUGGCACCAGCUGUUCGAAUUAGAUCAGUUGUGCCCGUUUGUUCAGCUCCACCAUUGAGAAAGAUGCCAAAUUCGAUGCCAAAUUCCGGCAAUGAUGCAGUGUCGCCAAACACAGAAAGAAAGAUUUAGGACUUUCAGAUGGGGCAAGAGCGGGUUCAGAGUUCGGAAAGUUAGGUUAUGAAUGGAGUAUAGAAACACUAGAAGAUUCUCUUCUAUUAUAUUUUCGUUAUGCAAUAUGGUGGUUUUUGAGAAGCCAUUAAAGCUUCUUCAUAGUAGCAAGAAUAAACAGUACUUUGUCCA